GCGCUCGCUCUCGCUCUCGCUCUCUCUGGGAGUGAAGAGAGCGCGAUUUCGCUCCCAAACUCCGAGCUGCUGGUCUGGACUCUGCUGCGGGCUUCGCAGUAGCUAGAGAGCCAGCCCGAGCCCCGGACUACGGGCGCACACUGGGGCUGCGCUCCAGCUCCCUCUCUCUUCCGCCGGCAGGGCUGAGCAGAGCCGAGCCCCAGCGAGCCGAGGCUAGACUAGCCGAGCCAGGUGUCGCUGCUCCGCCUCCCCUCCCGUUUUCAGCCAAGCCUCCCGGGGUCCGCUCCCUCCUGCGGCGGCGGCGGCGGCAGCUGCAGGCACAGGGCCGGGGAGGGGUGGGCAGAGAGGGCAGGAUGGGGGAGCCCCGGCGGCGCCCGGCGGCGCCCGCCCUGCCCGCGUCCCUCGGCGCUUCGGCGGCCGGCAGCGGGCGGCGGGAGAACGCCUGAGCCGGAUGGAGCGGGGCGCCUCGGCCGCCGCCGCCACCGCCUCCUCCUCGUCCUCGUCCUCUUCCUCCUCGUCCUCCUCCUCCUUCUCCUCGUUCUCCUCCCCUGGGCCACCAUGCGAGCCAUGAACUGCCCGCGUGUCUGCCUUCUGCUCGCUGAGCUCCUGGACCUGGCUCUGGGCUACCUGACUGUCAGCAUCGAGCCGCUUCCACCAGUAGUGGUUGGAGAUGCUGUGACAUUGAAAUGUAACUUUAAGACGGAUGGCCGGAUGCGAGAGAUCGUCUGGUACAGGGUGACAGACGGUGGGACCAUAAAGCAGAAGAUCUUCACAUUUGAUGCCAUGUUCUCCACCAACUCUUCCCACAUGGAGAAUUACCGGAAGAGGGAAGACCUUGUCUAUCAGUCCACUGUGAGGCUGCCCGAGGUCCGGAUCUCCGACAAUGGGCCCUAUGAGUGUCACGUGGGUAUCUAUGACCGAGCUACGAGGGAGAAGGUGGUCCUGGCCUCUGGCAACAUCUUCCUCAACGUCAUGUCUCCUCCCACUUCCAUUGCUGUCGUCGCUGCUGACACACCUGCCCCAUUCAGCCGCUACCAGGCUCAGAACUUCACCCUGGUCUGCAUCGUGUCAGGAGGGAAGCCGGCCCCUGUGGUUUACUUUAAGCGAGACGGAGAGCCCAUAGAAGCGGUGUCCCUGUCGGAACCCGCAGUGGGGACAUCCGCCCUCCAGGAUGGCCGGGCAUUUCGUAGCCUGCUGCACCGUGACCUGGAUGACACUAAGAUGCAGAAAUCCCUCUCCCUGCUGGAUGCCGAGGGCAGGGGUGGGCAUCCCUACACCGAGGGGCCCUUCCGGGGCCUGACCCCAGACCCAAGCCUUGUCCUCCAACCUACAACUGAGAACAUCCCAGAGACUGUGGUGAGCCGGGAGUUCCCCCGCUGGGUCCACAGUGCAGAGCCUGUCUAUUUCCUGCGUCAUAGCCGCGCCCCAGGCAGCGAUGGCACUGUGGAGGUGCGUGCCCUGCUCACCUGGACCCUCAACCCUCAGGUGGACAAUGAGGCCCUCUUCAGCUGUGAGGUCAAGCACCCGGCUCUCUCCAUGCCCAUGCAGGCUGAGGUCACACUUGUUGCCCCCAAAGGCCCGAAAAUCAUGAUGACGCCCGCCAGAGCCCGAGUGGGAGAUACCGUGAGGAUCCUGGUCCACGGCUUUCAGAACGAAGUCUUCCCUGAGCCCCUGUUCACGUGGACCCGCGUGGGGAGCCGUCUCCUGGAUGGCAGCACAGAACACGACGGGAAGGAGCUGGUGCUGGAGAGAGUGCCCGCCGAGCUCAACGGCUCCAUGUACCGAUGCACAGCCCAGAAUCCCCUGGGCUCCACCGACACCCACACCCGCCUCAUCGUAUUUGAAAACCCAAAUAUCCCCAGAGGAACAGAGGACUCCAAUGGUUCGGCUCCAAGCCCCAUGGGGGCCAGGCUGACUUGGGUGUUCGCCCUCACAGUGAUCCUUGAGUUGACGUGAAGGCCCGGGACCCCCGUCCUCUCGGUGGCUCCAUCUGCCAUCCACAUCUCCGUCCAUCGGUCGGGUUUCAUUUCUUUUCUAAAACUAUUUCCAAGUCUUGUUCUCAGUCUCUUUCUGUCUGUGUCUUGGCUUCCUCGGUCAGUUUAAUUAAAAGAAACGAAACCAUUUUCCCCUA